AGGCUUCGCGCCAGAUUUGGCCUUAGCCCGCGAGCUACGGGAUAGCAGCGGAGGAUGGAGAGCGGCGACGAGGAAGGCGUGGAGAAGCGCCGAGUCCACCUACGCCCGGACACUCUACGCAGCGCCACUCCCGCCACGCUGCACCUUCUACCCUGUGACGUCCCCGUUAACCGGCCUGCCCCCGUGGGGAGCUUCUUCACCCCGGCCAUCCGUCAGGGUCCCGAAGGACUCGAAGUGUCGUUUCGGGGCCGCAGCCUGCGGGGAGAGGAGGUGGAGGUGCCGCCCGGCCUCGCGGGAUAUGUGAUGGUGAUGGAAGAGAAGGAAGAGGUGUUGGUGAGGAAGCAGGGCUUCCCGCAGGGGUCGGACAAUGACGAGCAACAGCAGGAGCUGCUGGAGCCCCCGGAGGCGGCCCUGGAGCGGGACUUCGACCGCGUUAUCAGAGCCUCCGGCAGUUUCAGCCACUUCACCGUGUGGGGCCUGGAGACUGCCCCUGGCCCGGAUGCCAAAGUGCGUGCGGCCCUAACCUGGCCCAGCCUCGCUGCAGCGAUUCACGCACAGGUGCCGGGGGACUGAGAACUACAGCUGGAAGCUCAAAGCCACCGAUCCCUUCACCCAAUAAACCAGCUCUUCGCUUCUUACCUGCCGAUUCCAUCACUCUAAUAACCACCUCCUCACCACACCUGUGAGUUUGCCCACACCUUGGAGCCCACAAGGCAGCACUACCCUUUCCCCUACAAGAAUCCUUCACGGCUCUGGCCUCUGGAAACAAUUUAUUGCCAGGGGGCAGAGGAGGGAAGAGAGGCCAAAAUUUUGCAGCCAGUACCCACCCCACCCCCCACUCCUACUUUACAAAAGAAAUUUUUACAUCCAGCAGCCCUCUGUACAGAGUGCCCCACCCCCAUCUCACUGUACACAUCUCCCUGGCUCCCUCUGGUCCCUGGUUCACAGCAGGCCUGGGCCUGCAGCCAGCUGACCUCAGAGAUGACCUGAGCCCUGAGCUCACUUUGGUGCUGGGCACCGUCCGGCCCCUACCAGGCCUGUCCUCUCCUUGUGGAACUGUCCUCAGCCCGGUCCAUCUCCCUCAGGUCCCCCUUGGGGACAGGAUGGGCUGUCAGCUCCAGUUCUGCGGCUCGUCGGUGCUACCACGGCAGUGCCUGGUCACCACUUCCCCCUCUUGCUCCAGUCCUUGGGGGUGAAGUGCAGACACUUGGAGUCGAUGCGGAGGAGUCGCUUGAGCAUAGCCCGUUCGUGCCCGUCCACGAUGUCCUCUGACAGCGUGAGGAUGUACUGGCCCUGGGCGGGAGAUGGGACAGAGCAGGUCAGCCCAGGCGGGGCGUGCACUCUGCGCCCCGCACACACCUCUCUCCCCUGCCCGCCCCCCUACCUUGUAGUAGUUGAUGAGGUUGAGGUACUGUAGAGUGGAGAUGACGUCCUCCUUCUUGAUGCUGGUGAUUUCACUGAUCUCGCUGUGGGAGGGCAAAGAGCAGGUCCCCCGUGGGCCUUCUUCUUUGCCCAGGGUCCACGGGAGCCCCAGGGGGAGACAGCCGGGGAGAAGACCAUGCGCCCCAGGGAGGUGCGGCCAGGCUUACUUGAUGGUGAUCUGUGGCCUCUCCCCGCUCUCAGAUUUCAGCCCCAUCAGGAUCUCCAGGAUGGUCUGGGACCAGUAGCUUCGGUAGGAUAGGAGCCCAAGAUCCGAGAGGGGCUUCUCAGGGGUCCCCGUUUUCCCUUCCACUUUGGAGAGUUCGUAGCCUACAGCAGUGGAGAGGGAAGGAGGGAAGGGGUGAGCGGCCACGGCCUCACACACCAGUGCCGCAGAGCACCGGCUGCACCGGCAGACGCCCGCUUCCCGGUCCGGCCCCGCUGCGUGGUAGUUCCGUGACCUGGGUGUGCGGCUCGUCUGCUCUGUGCCUCCAUUUCCUCAUGAAGGACUACCGACUACCCACUCUUCCCGUGUGCCAAGCACAGUGGAGAACACCGCGUGCACCGAGAGGAGGAGCUACAAUCAGCUGGGUGGGGGGCCCUCAGGAGCCCGUGAGGGUUUAGAGGUACAGCAGGGGCAGCAGAGAAAUGGCUCAUGGAAAGAAGGGCCUCCAGUGUCCCCUCUCACCCUGCUCUCUCUCUGUGCCUGGGCAUGUGAGGAGGGCAGACCCCACUCUGCUUCAGGCCAGAGAUGCAUGGAUUCUUCCGGUCAGUUAAGGCCCUCUAGCUGUGACCUGAGGGGCGCCAGCAGCUCUAAGACAGACUGGUCGGACCAGGUGGUUGAGGCUGCAAAGAGCACCAAAGUGCUUCCAAGUCGGAGGGAGGCCAUCCCUCGGCAGGUGACGGCCCCCACGCUCUUUCCCUCCCACUCUGACUGCUGCAGGCAGUUCCUGGUGAGACCUCAGGCACUAGGAAACCCUGCGUGGCUUCGUGUCUCCCAGGCCGUCUUCACUGGCCCCGCCAGGGCCCUGGGGUGUCUCCACUAGUGGAGACCCUUCCUCACCCUCAGUCAGAACUGCUCCCUGUCGUGCCAGAGCCCAUUCUGCUUUCCUCCCUCUGGGGCAUCUUUAUCAGCCAGUCUUGCCCUCUUGCCUAACCUCACGGCUUCCACCAAGCAACUCCGUGAGAAGGACAGAGGCUGGUGCUUGGGAGAGAGGAAGCACGGGGCCCCGCUUCCUCUUGCUGGGUCUGCAGUGCAUGUAGGCUCCCGCAGGGUCAGUGGGACACCACCACACGGCCUCCUCGGCUGUGGGGGCUCCCGGCCCUUCCUCAGCGCCUCCCCUAACACCCACACGCCCAGUCUGCCAAGCUGAGCACACCUCGGCGGCCCUGCCUGCACCCCCUCUCCGCUGAGUCUGAGGCCCAAGACUUCUUAAGCAUUUGCCUGCUUUACCAGGCUGAGGACCUUCUGAAGAUGUGACCCCAUCUUGGCAUCGUUCUACCAAUAAAAUUUCUCAAAUGGACUAUGA